AUGAUCAAGAAGGCUAAUUCGAAGAUGAAGGUUCUCGACACCCCUGAGCCUCUUCGCAACCUGGCAGACUUAAUCGCGGCGCAGAUUGAAUAUCACAAGAAGGCCUACGAAAUCCUAAGCGAACUGGCGCCUGUGGUGGAUGGCCUCCAGGUUGAGCAAGAGACCAGCUACCGGAAGAGCCGUGAGAACGCCGCGUAA